AGUGGCUCCAGAGCACCUUGGCUCCAAGGCCUCCCUCCGUAGCCCAUAUCUAGAUUCCUGAAACCUCUCCACAUGUAGUUCCUGGAGCUGCUGUCUUACCAAAAUGUCAACAUCUUCGUCUUCAUCUUCUGUCUGGGGCAACCUCAUCGAAUAUCUUUCUCUGAGCUCAGUAUGGAAUUGGCUACAAGCAACUCUUCUGGGAGAGACUAGUCCCCCUCAGCAAACAAAUUUUGGAAUACUAGAUACUCUUGCUCCAACCGUGCAAGUUAUCCUGGGGAUUUCCUUUUUGCUUUUGUUGGGAGUAGGAGUAUAUGCCUUAUGGAAACGAAGUGUUCGGUCAAUUCAGAAAAUAUUGUUGUUUGUAAUCACACUCUACAAACUUUACAAGAAGGGCGCAGAAUUUUUUCAGGCUUUGCUGGUCAACCCAGAAGGGACCAAUCUGCCAAUUCAAGACAACAAUUUCUUCCUGUCCUUGGGCCUGCAAGAGAGAAUUUUGAAAAAACUUCAGAUGGUGGAAAACAAAGUGAAGGACCUGGAGGGGAUGAUCAUUUCCCACAAACCUACCACGAAGAGGGAUUGCUCCUCUGAGCCCUAUUGCAGCUGUUCUGACUGCCAAAGUCCCUUGCCAACCUCAGGGUUUACUUCCACAUCUGAAAUGUGAUGGACUCCACAAUGUUUUCCAGAAAAGCACUGUUUUUUCCCUCAUGCGUGUGGUGGUGUAUCAAUAAAGAUAGAGAACUAUAUUGAAAUUA